UCAAUGUUAGAGCAGAUCAAACUCUGAAUGUAAGCUAAGGAUGCUCGCUGCUGUGCCCCUCUGCUCAUAUAAAAACCUCCUGAACGACUGCAGAUGGAACCACUCCUUACAGCUAACUGAAGAUCACAGACCUUCCACCUGAGCAGUUUUAGGACAAACAAAGCAGUGAAGGUGGAAACUUUUGAGAUUUUUAAAAGACUUUUUAAAGAUGAAGGUGCUGCCCUGCUUCAUGCUGGCUGUGCUACUGUCAGCUGGAACCAUUCAGGCUGCUGUUGAUGUGAACUGGUUAACUGGUAUUAUAAAAGCCAUAAGGACAGAGUACAAACUAAGAGGUCAGUUCUGUCUGGCUGCAACCAUCCCAGGUCAACAGGACCCAAACACCCUUAUCAGUAAUGUCCUUCAUAAAGACCGCUUUGAUGAGCGCAUGGAGGACUCAGUUAAAGGGGGUGAGGUAUAUGUUGGCAGCAGGGUGGUUUUAGCUGUUCCCAUAGGACCUGUACAUGCAGAACGCGCAGUUCUGCCAAGCUUGGGCAAACUAAAGAAACAGGGAGAGAACGACUUCCUCCUCAUCUAUUCUUAUCUCUCGCCAUGUAGCAGCUGUACAGACCAUAACCAAGGAUUCAACAUCCUUAAAAUGAUUGAAAAUCAGGUCAGACCAAGACGGAGUGAUAAGGCCUUUGUGUUUACAAAAGUUUUCAGCCAUCCUAAAGAUGGUUCCAUUGUAACCAGAGAUGUUUUAGUAAAGUCACUGACUGAGCUUUCUAAUUCGAUGGGUGGUCUCCAGUACAUAUUUCGCUGUGAUGGACCGAGCAAUUCUGAGUUAGAGUGUCACAGCUGCUCUGUAAAUCACAGAGUUUCAGAGUUUUGCAUUGAUAACAACGCUGAGAGAGAGCGCAGCAUCAGCAGAGAAAGAAGCAGGAGCUCCAGUGGAAGCAGAGGUGGAGGGCGUAGGAGCAGCAGCAGCAGCAGCAGGGAAAGAAGCAGGAGCUCCAGUGGAAGCAGAGGUGGAGGGCGUAGGAGCAGCAGCAGCAGCAGCAGGGAAAGAAGCAGGAGCUUCAGUGGAAGCAGAGGUGGAGGGCGUAGGAGCAGCAGCAGCAGCAGGGAAAGAAGCAGGAGCUCCAGUGGAAGCAGAGGUGGAGGGCGUAGGAGCAGCAGCAGCAGCAGGGAAAGAAGCAGGAGCUUCAGUGGAAGCAGAGGUGGAGGGCGUAGCAGGAAGAGAGAGAUGUACAGGAGUCAGAGUGAGAGCAGCAUCAGCAGCGGAAACAGUAGAGAAGCUGGAAAACAUGAAGGUGGAGGCAGGAGCAGCAGGAAGAGAAGCAAGUACAGGAGCAGCAGAGGUUAGAGGAGUUCAAACAAAGCAACAUGGUCCCUGAAGACAAACUUUCUUUAAAUUUCUUUUCAAACAUGAUUUAAAUUCUGUUCAAACUAAAAUGAUAAAUAAAUGUUUUUUUCUG